AUGGACGACGAGCAACUAGAGAACUGGCAGCUUGGCCACGAUGGAGUAGGAUUUGGAGAAGAGCAGCCAGAUCACAGUUUCAUAGGGGAAGAAGUGCUUGAUGCUGCUCCUCUGAUGCAAAGCUAUCCGUCCGAGCCCUUCUUCCCUUCCCAAGACCUGUUUCAAGAUGCGCCAUUUAGCGUGUUUGAUGGGGAGAAUGGGUUUUGGGAUGAUAUGAAAUGUGGGACCGAGAACAAAGAGAAGGCUUUGGUUUGUGAUGGGGAGAAGAGAGGGCAGAAGAAAAUGAGGAAGGGAGAGAGAAGUAGAGAGGAGAAGGCUUUAACUUUCGAGGAGGUAUCUCGCUGCUUCUACAUGCCCAUUACACAAGCAGCUAAGGAGCUCAAUGUUGGGGUCACGUUGUUGAAGAGGAAGUGCAGGAAGCUAGGCAUCCCAAGAUGGCCUCAUCGCAAGUUGAAGAGUUUGCAGACCCUAAUUAAGAAUGUUAAGGAACACGGGGGAGAGGAGGGGGAUGUGGGUGACGCACAGCUCGUUACGAGUGCAACAGCGAUUUUGGAGCAAGAAAGGAAGCUGAUGGAGAAGGAGCCCGCGAUGCAGCUGGAGGAGAAGACCAAGAGGUUAAGGCAAGCUUGUUUCAAAGCCAACUACAAGAAGAGAAGGCUCGCGGCACUCGAGGAAUCGCAAGAAUCUGCGUCUCCUGACUACAUCUUUCUACAGAAGGCCAUGAUGAGUACGUGUCUUCAUUGA